AUGGCCAGGCCCUCAAGACAUGGGCCAAACCAAGGUGGAGACAUCAUGAUUACCUGGUGCUUAGAGGAGGAGGCUGCCAAAGACUGGCACGAAUGCUCUAUGAAAGCUGAAUCAGCAGUCUCUACUACACCGCUACACUCUCCUCCCACUGCUGUAACCACAAAUGUACCGAAGACGACCACCACUGUUAGUUUUAAUACCGAGGACUUAAAUGAAAAAAUUGAUAAAAAUGUGGAAAAGAGAAUAUGGAACAAAAAGGGGGAAGCUGAACCGACGGUGUUGGAGUGUCCCCCUCUGGGUCUGGAGUCUCUGAGGGUCAAGGAUGCACAGUUGCAGGCUUCCUCUUUCAAGCGCAGGGGCCUGGGACCACACAGGGGCCGACUCAACAUCCAGUCUGGAAUAGAGGACGGAGAUAUCUACGAUGGUGCCUGGUGUGCCCGGUAUGAAGACAAAAAACAGUGGCUGCAGGUGGAUGCUAUGAGGCUCAUACGAUUUACAGGUGUCAUCCUGCAGGGACGCAGUUCCAUCUGGAGCUGGGACUGGGUCCACACCUAUAAGGUGCAGACCAGUAAUGACUCCAUUUCGUGGAAGCCCUGUAUGAACGGGACGAAAGAAGCAAUCUUUGAAGGAAACCGGGAUUCGGAGACUCCGGUCUUGGCGGUUUUUCCUGAGCCUGCGGUGGCGCGUUACAUCCGCAUUAACCCACAGACCUGGUAUAAGAACGGGACGAUAUGCCUGAGGGCAGAGGUGCUGGGUUGUACUCUUCCAGAUCCAAACAAAAUAUACCCAUGGCAGAUGGAGCAGGUCAUCCAGGACAAACUGGACUUCAGACACCACAACUACAAGGAGAUGAGGAAGCUCAUGAAAUCUGUGAAUGAGGCAUGCCCCAACAUCACCCGUAUCUACAGCAUUGGAAAGAGCUAUGCAGGUCUGAAGCUCUAUGUGAUGGAGAUUUCAGACAACCCAGGCAAGCACGAGCUUGGAGAGCCAGAGUUCCGCUAUGUAGCGGGCAUGCAUGGAAAUGAGGUGCUUGGAAGAGAGCUGUUACUCAACCUGAUGGAGUACAUGUGUCAGGAGUACAAAAAAGGAAACCAGCGUGUUGUCCAGCUUGUGAAAGACACACGUAUCCACUUACUGCCCUCCAUGAACCCAGAUGGCUAUGAGAUGGCUUAUAAGAAGGGAUCAGAGCUGUCUGGCUGGGCACUCGGUCGCUACAGCUGGGAGGGGAUUGAUAUGAAUCAUAACUUUGCCGACCUGAACACUGUGAUGUGGGAUGCAAUCGAACUGGAGACAGAUAAAUCAAAACUGAUUAACCACUACUUCCCCAUUCCAGAACAAUAUACUUCAAAGGAUGCUUUUGUGGCCCCUGAGACUAGAGCAGUCAUCAGCUGGAUGCAGAACAUCCCAUUUGUGCUGAGUGCCAAUUUGCAUGGGGGGGAGCUGGUAGUCACCUACCCCUUCGACAUGACACGGGACUGGGCCCCGCGCGAACACACCCCCACGCCUGACGACAGUUUCUUCCGAUGGCUCGCCACCGUCUAUGCAAGCACCAAUCAUGUCAUGUCCAACCCAGACCGCAGACCCUGCCACUAUGUGGACUUCCUGCGACACAAUAACAUCAUCAAUGGUGCCAGCUGGCACACGGUGCCUGGCAGCAUGAAUGAUUUCAGCUAUCUUCACACUAACUGUUUUGAGGUGACUGUUGAGCUGUCCUGUGAUAAAUUUCCCCAUGCCAGUGAGCUGCCAGCAGAGUGGGUGAACAAUAAAGACUCACUGUUAACCUACAUGGAACAGGUGCACAGGGGAAUCAAAGGAGUGGUGACAGACAAAGAAACAGAGGCUGGCAUUCCUGAUGCCAUUAUCAAAGUGGACAGCAUCGAUCACCACAUCAGAUCAGCCUCCGAUGGAGAUUAUUGGCGGCUGUUGAAUCCGGGUGAAUACGAGAUCACAGUGACCGCGGAGGGUUAUAUGCCGGUCACACGCAAGUGCCAGGUGUACUAUGAGCCCCAUCCCACCAUCUGUGACUUCCGUCUCACCAAGACACCCAAACAGAGACUUCGGGAGAUUCUGGCUAAAGGCGGCAAGAUCCCCAAGGACCUGCAGCUGAGGCUGCGACAACUGCGCACUCGCAAACUACGCGUUACCACCAAGGCCAUCAAUCAACGCAGAGCGUCUCAACAGAAGAUCAGGGCGUCACAAAGAUAG